UUUCCUUUUCAAUUUUCAUCGACUGUAUGGUUGAAAGAGACACACCCAACCACAAUCCACAAACCCUUUAUAAGACCCUCAUUUGCCUUACAUUUCCGUCCUUCCCACUUCAAAUUUUUUAGAGGAAAAGACUAAGUUUGGAAAAAGAACCACCAAAAAAAAAAAAAAAAAAAAAAAAAAAAAGAUAUGGACAUGAAGAAGAAGGUGGUGGAUGUGUCUACUUUCUUGCUCUUUGAAGCCACUGGUGAUUCUGAUGAGGCUGAUAGCAAUUGUGUCGACUCCACCAUGGUUGAUCGUGAUGCAGAUCACUGUGACAUUGUGAUGGGUGAAGAUGAUGCUGAAUCAUGCAGCUGGGAUUUAUCUGAUGCCCCCACUGUACUUGAUCAUGAGCUGAUCAACGGUGGUGAUCGUGUUGAAGAAUACGUUUAUGAUGAUGAUGGUCGUCAUAGGGAAGAAGAAGAACAAGAAGAUGAUGAUGAUGAUGAUGAUGUAGUGAAACCAGUUUAUCAAGCAUGGGGUGGUAAUAAUAAUCGUCUAAACCACCAGAAAUCCUGUGUUUCUGUGGAUUCGACUCGGGAAUUCGAGUUGUUAAACGAGAUGGAGAAGAACAGGAUAUUCUGGGAGACUUGCUUGGCAUCUUAGAAAGUCUAUCCGAUACUUGCAAUUGGGAGAAGGAAUAAACUUCUUGUUCCUCUUUUUCUUUGGCCAAGCAAACUUCCCUUUUUUAGAUUUUUUUUUUUUUUUUUUCGUUUUUGGGUUUUGAAAAAAAAAAUGGUGGUUGGGCAGUGAAAAAUGUCAAAUAUAUAUAUAUAUCACGGUAUAGAUGCUGACAAUUGUAAAUAACAGUUUUUCUGAAUGAUACUAUGAACUUUUUUUUU